GACAGCAGCGACAGCGGCGAGAGGGACACAUCCAGAGCGACCAGAGAGAGUCAGAGUGACAGUGGGUCUGGCGAUGUCUCCAACGGGGCCUCAGAAACAGAUAGCUCCGAGGGGGCCUCUGCAGAGGAGCAAGAGAAGAGUGUGAAACAGAGCCCCAGGAGUUCAGGCGAGUCAGGUGCCGAGGGGCAGCGUGGAGGAGCUUCGUCGUCCAGCUCGUCUUCAUCCAGUUCGUCAUCCUCAGAGUCGUCAGAUCCUUCGCCGGAGUGUGAAGCAGAUGCCGCCGAGCCCGUUUAUGAGACGGAGACGGAGCACAAGAUUCGUCACGAUUUCCCGGCCAGGACGGCGUCUUGUGGGCGUUGCUUUUACUACAAAAAUCGAGAGUCAUGGAAGCAGCAAGCCUUUUACAGGCAUCCCCUGACGGAGCUGCCGGUCACCUGGCUCGCAGAGAAGAGUGAGCCAGAGAAGAACGCGUGGCACGUCGGCUGUGCGGUUUGCAAGAAGCACGGCUUUCAGAGUGUCAUGGCCAACUUCAUGGCUGAGCCGAAGCUGGGCAACAUCAAGCGUCAUCAGAAGAGCGGACAGCACCAGCGUGCCGUGGCUCUGGAAGUCAGGGCUCUCCAAAGGCAACUUCCUCAAGAGGGUGAGCAAGAAGGAGAGUGUGCGCGUGAAAACCCUUUCUCGGUGAGAAGUGUGCAUGUUUUAUUCCAGCAGCUGCUCAUCAAGACGGGUGAAUCCUUUCAGAACUUUCCCAAGUUCUCGAAGACGGCCCGCAUGAGUGGGGCCGAAGUGCCUCAGGGAUCGACAGGUCCACGAGUGUCGAGUCAGCUGACCCAGGUCAUGGCUGAGCGUGAAACCGACAUGACGACCAAGAUCCUCACAGGCAGUGUCAUUGCCGGCUUGGCCCAGGAUGCCAGAGACGGCAAAGCCCCGGUGUUGCUCAAGUGUGUUCUCUGGUCGUGGCCACGGGGGCUGCCACGUACUCUAGUGUCAGGGGUGACAAGUGUGAGUGCAGGCAAAGGUUCGAAGAGUGACGAGGACCUCGCAGCGAACUUGGAGAAGAUCUUGUUUGUCGCUACGGACGCAGCGUCAGACCAAUUGAAGGCGGCGGAUCUGGCCACAGCUCGGUUGAAGAAGUGUGUGUUUCGUUGCGAGGACAGCUGUCACAAUGCCCUGACAGUUCUGAAGCACGCUCUAAAGAACCAUGAGGAGUUGCUGGAAACAGACAAGCUGCUAGUGUCAGGCAAAAAGCCGUACAGCCUCAGCAAGCUGAUGUCGACAUCGUCGCAUUAUGCCAGCGUCUUUCAAAAGGAACAGGCUGCCGAUGCGGUGCAGGUGUUGAAGCACCUUGGGUGGGCUCCGCAGCGUUUCGACAGCAGGAAGACACCGUAUUCGCGGCUGAGUGUGCGUCUGAAACAAGCUGUGUCUACACUGGCCACCGAAUAUGAGGGUGAUGAUCCAGAAAGAGCGGAAGCGGCGAGGUACCUGCUGGAGGAGCUGUCAGGGUACCACUCAAGCCGCUGGCUUCUGGUUCUGGGCGGCAUGCUCGCCGACCUCCUCUUCGAGCAUUCCAGAUGGGUGCAUGCAGGAGACGUGGAUGACCCUGACCCCGUCGCUGUGACCAAGGCAAUGCACACGUUCAUGGAAAGGUGCCUGGGUCUCAUGCGUGACCUCGUUGCAGCUGUGAAGGUGAUGGUGUCUGCAGUGUCUCCAAGCGACCUGAGCUGGCAGAGUCAGUUCGCUUCUUAUCGCUUGCCCUCUCCUUGGAACCAGCAGAGUCAUGAUUUCAGUCACCUUCGCGAGCGUGACAGAGAGACUCUCAAGAGCAAACUGCGGGCCAGUCUGGUGCGCAUAUGGGCGACUGCGGGGCGCGACACCGAGCAGUGUUGGUGUGAGUACUUGAAGCUGCUGCCCCGAGCCGAGGCCAACUACAAGGAGGGAAUGAGUCUGAAACAGGCCUGGGCGGCUGCGUCCAGAGACUUUCCGGAACUCUUGCACGCAAGAGCAAGUGUGAACCUGUUACUGGGCGGUGUCUUCUCAACGGCCGCAGAAGAACGUUUGCUGAAAGAGGUUCCGAAACAAGAGCGUAGUGACGGAGCCUCGUCACCUUACGUUUUUGACAUUCUGCGAAGGUAUGUGAAGAAGUGGGGCGCCAAGUACAAGCAAAAGAAGCUUCCGAAGAAGAGACGUGACAGCAACCUCAAGAGAGAUAAGGAGGUGUUGAAGAGGCAGAGGGUGGACCGUGGUGCUCCAGAACCGCUUAGCGAAACUUGA